GCUACUUAGACAAAUCCGAUCACGUGAUAUAAACUUCCGGUUUUGGAAAAAAUAAAUUAUUCCCGCCAAGUUGUAGAAUUUUGCGACAGAUGAUGCCUGGGGUAAGACCCAGAAGAGCUGUUCAGGAUGCAGUACAGAGUAUGGCAGAGCCUGGGUCUGAAAUGUCUGUUGAUCAUGAACAUGAAAAUGACAGUGAUGAAGAGAUGUCCAUGGCACGUCCUAUUACUGCAGGACGUGGUAGGAAGAGGAAAACCGAUGGGACCACUGUAACAAGACGGGGUCGAGGUGGUGGUAGAGGUCGAGGAAGGAGCGCAGCUAUUGUUGAAGAGGAAGAGGGUGGGGGAUCAUUAUUUGAGAUUGUAAAGGCUGGACGGGCCUCGCUACAGACUGUCGUGGAUGAUUGGAUUGAGAACUACAAGUCAGACAGAGACUCAUCUUUGUUGGAAUUAAUACAGUUUUUCAUCCAGUGCUCGGGUUGUAAAGGGAAGAUAACUCCAUUUAUGUACUCCAACAUGGAACAUGCAGAAAUCAUUAGAAAAAUGACGGAAGAAUUUGACGAGGAUAGCGGAGACUAUCCCCUCAUAAUGCCUGGACCUACUUGGAAGAAGUUCAAACCAAAUUACUGCGAGUUUGUGCAAGUCCUUGUCCGACAGUGCCAGUAUAGCAUCAUCUACGAUCAGUACAUGAUGGACAACGUAAUAUCUCUACUAACUGGUCUCACCGACUCGCAGGUCAGAGCCUUCAGACAUACAAGUACACUAGCAGCUAUGAAAUUGAUGACAGCCCUUGUGGAUGUAGCUUUGAAUCUCAGUAUCAACUUGGACAACACACAGAGACAAUAUGAGUCAGAACGACAGAAAACUAAGAAUAAGCAGGCUACAGAACGUCUCAAUUUACUCCUGGUAAAACGUCAGGAACUUGAAGAAAACCAGGCUGAAAUUAGAAAUAUGUUGACAUAUAUAUUCAAAGGAGUGUUUGUUCAUAGAAACAGUAGUUUUGGUGAUGCUGUGUUAAGUGACAAAGAUUGUGAGAAUGUUUAUGAACUUGUGUACUCAUCACACAGACAGGUUGCCCAGGCAGCUGGGGAGUUUCUGAACGCCAAGUUGUUCCGACAUGAAGACGAUGAUGCUACUGCAGCAAAGACAGCCAAGGGUAAAAAGAGAAGUCCUAAUACACCACUUAUCAGAGAUCUGGUGCAGUUCUUUAUUGAAAGUGAGUUACAUGAGCAUGGUGCAUAUCUGGUUGAUAGUUUAUGGGAAAUUAAUCCAAUGAUGAAAGACUGGGAAUGUAUGACAGAUCUUCUCCUUGAAGAACCAGGCAAAAAUGAAGAAGCUCUAGAUGACAAACAGGAAACCAGUUUGAUAGAGAUUAUGGUAUGUUGUGUGAAACAGGCGGCCACUGGAGAAUCUCCAGUCGGACGAGGACAUGCUAAACAAAAGUUAACAGCAAAAGAGAAGCAGUCAGUUCAAGAUGACAAAACCAAAUUGACAGAACAUUUUAUUACUACGCUACCACAACUGUUGCUAAAGUACUUGAUGGACCCAGAGAAAGCAACAAACCUACUUCAGAUACCUCAGUACUUUGAUCUGGAGAUCUAUACAUCCAGUAGACAAGAAAAGAAUCUGGAAAGUUUGUUGAGGUAUUUACAUGAGAUUGUAGAGAAGCACACAGAUCAGGAAGUACUCGAGGCGUGUUCAAAAUGUUUUGAGUGUCUCUGUGAUGAGGCUUAUGCUAUCAGUGGUAAAUGUGAUGUAGCAAGGAAAACACUCAUUGAUAGCCUUGUGGUUAAAUUCAAAGAAGCAAUGCAAGACUUUUUCGCAGAGGGUGAACAGCCAGAUGAAGACGAGGUUUAUGCACUGAUUGCUGCUCUUAAAAGAUUAUAUGCUUUCUCCUGUUGCCAUGAUUUAAGUUCCUGGGAAUUAUGGGACGAUUUGUUCCACAUUGUACGUCUUGCCUCGGAGAAUGUUGAGCUCUCUGACGAGAUUGUUUGUAAAGCACAGACUACCUUACACAUGCUGUUGCUGUGGAACUUGCGAGAACUAGAGGACAAACCUGAUCCAGACCUUGUCCAAACCAUUAAGAAACACCUUGUUAAUUUAAUGAGAUAUUUACAUCAGUUGUUGUACCACAGCAGGGAUAAAAUUAGUGAAGAUGCAUAUAUUACAAUAUGUGACUCACUGAUCAUUUUUAGCAAGAACUUGGCUGAGAGAGAACUUUUGCGGCCCCUUGUGUUUGAACCAGAGAAAAGUUUGCAAAACCAGCUCAGCUCUUUUCUUAUGGACAAAGUGUUCCUUGAGGAUGAUGAUGAUGAUGUAGAUGAGAAUAUCAAAAUUGAGGAACUGCACAAGAGGAGAAACUUCCUUGCCUGUUUUUGUAAACUUAUUGUAUAUAAUGUCCUCAACAUCAAGGUAGCAGCUCCAAUGUUCAAACACUAUAUGAAGUUUUACAAUGAUUAUGGUGACAUUAUUAAAGCAACAAUGAGUAAAGCAAGAGAAAUCAACAAAGUGCACACUGCUAAAACACUUAUUAUGAGUCUUACACAGUUAUUUAAGGAGCUGCAGGACGAGCAGAGAGGGCUGAUAGAUAGGUCCUCUGAUGCCUUCCAGUCUAUCAAAGAGUUAGCUAGAAGAUUCUCCCUCUCGUUUGGACUAGAUCAAGUGAAGAACAGGGAAGCUGUAGCAGCUAUGCAUAGAGAUGGUAUAUUGUUCAGUAUCAACAACGUUGACCCAAAUGAUCUCAGUAAAGCCCCACCCAACAUCUCCUUUCUUGAGGUAUUGUGUGAGUUCACCAACAAACUCAUGAAGCAAGAUAAAAAGACUGUAUUGAACUAUUUGGACAAACAGCUUGCUGGUGUUCCGCCCAUUUCGAGGAAUUCCGAGGACUGGCAGGCCCUUCUUACAUACCGGAACAGCUUGGUGCAGGGAGAACAUGAAAUACACCCGAUCACCCUGAAACAGGCAGCACAGAAACGAUACGGCAAGAAGAGAAAUAAUACCAAUAUAGAUGGAACACUUGCUGAAGAGUCUUCAAACCAGAGUUGGGACACUGCUACCCCAGCACCGGGACUGGGUAUGCCGCAACAUCAGUCCACGGCUGUAAAACGACGAAGGAUGGACGAGGAGAGUGCAUCAGAACAAGGAUCAGAAGCUGAUUUCCAGGAAUCCUCUAAUGCUGGGUACCAGCAGGCACAGGCUUCUUGGAUGAACCAGAACAAAGGUCAUGACAGACGUGCGGAGCAAGGCUACCAAGGUCACAGACAUCCACAGGAAAUGCCUCAACUUGAGCCAGAGACCAGUGAACCAAGUAUCUCCGAAUACGAGAGCCCACAGAUGUCCGCACCACCCCAUUACAGAAAUAUGCGACAUCAUCCCCAGCAGAUGAUGUAUGAUGAUGGCUCCCAGAAUAUCGAUGACGCCUCUCGACACCAUGCUGGAGUUAUUCAGCAAAUGCAACAUCAGCAUCCCCCUCCCUCGCUGACACCUCAUCCCCCACCCUCCUUGACCCCACAUCCUCCCCAGCCUCCCACCCCUUUGCCGCCUCCUCUAACCCCACAAAUUCCACACACUCCCAUGACUCCACAAGGUCACAUGGGACAAGCUCCACCACAUACCCAUAUGUCCCAGUCACCCCUUACCCCACAUGGACCAUGCCCUAGCCCCAUGACCCCCCACCCUCAUACCCCAAUGAUGCCCCAUACUCCACAAAACAUGGGACAGGGCCAUUCAUCAGACUACGGGCAGCAGGGAUACUAGGUUUCCAUACAGAGAGAAGUUGCUGAAAUUCUUCCAAGAUCCCCGUUCAUUUUGUGUGUUCAUCUUUGCUGACUUCAGAUUUACUCAAAGUACUGACAUUAUUUUAAGCAACUUGCAUCAGUGUCACUCAGAUUAUUUUUGAUAUUAACAGUACUUUGUUGCUGAAAAUAAAUAAUGAACAAAAAAACAUAAACAACUACAUGUGUAUCGAAUGAUGAAUCAUCACAGAAUGUAGAAUGUGUAGUCAUUACAGGAUACACCUGUCAUGUAGGGUGUCACGGAAUGACACAAACAGGAUACAAACAUCAUGGGGUACAACUGUCAUAUGAUACAGUCAUCACGGCAUACAAUCAUGGAAGUUAAAUUUUUUGUACAGCAACCACUUAAGGAUAUACAACUCUUACUGAUUUCUAUAACAUAAACCCCAGCCAGAAAAUUAGAUUUUGUCACUUACUUUAAAUGUUAGAACAUACUGGUAAUAGAAGUAUUAAAUUUAAGUAAAAAAUGUAAUUUAGUUUCUUUACAAGGCUAGGCAUAAUAUUUCAUAAGAAUUGUGCCCCCUUAUAUGGUAUGAUGGUUUGUUUUUUUAUCUCACCAGAGCACAAAGUGCUCUUGGUGCGGUAUUGUGAUCAUGUUGUGUCCAUCGUCCGUUCAUCCGUCAAAUUGUCCGUCGUCAACAAUUAUGUUUAAACGACAUCUCCAAAACCACUGAAUGGAUUUUGAUGAAACUUGGCCUGGAUGUUCCUUGAGUGGUCCUGUUCCAAAUUUUUUCGAACGGUUCCGCUUGGUUGCACAUAGGGGCCGCCAGAGCUAAAAAUAGAAAAAUCUUCAAAUGUCAUCUCCUCCUAAACCGAUUGUCCGAUUCUGAAAUAAUUUUACACAAAUGGUCCUUCUGUCACCCUCUACCAAGGUUAUUCAGAUUAUACUGAUUCAUCAAAAAAACAUGGCUGCCAGGGGGCGUGGUCACUUUUCCCUAUUUGUACAGAGUGGAAAUUUAAAAAAUCUUGUGUAAAACUGCUUGCCGAAUUUUAAAAUAAUUUCACACAAAUGGUCCUUAUAUGACCCUCUACCAAGAUUGUUCAAAUUAUUUCGAUUCGUCAAAAAACAUGCCUGCCAGGGAGCAUGGUCACUUUUCCCUAUAUGUAUAUAGUGGAAAUUUAAAAAAUCUUGUGUGAAACUGCUGGCCCAAUUUUAAAAUAAUUUUGCACAAAUGGUCCUUGUGUGACCCUCUACCAAUGUUGUUCAAAUUAUUCUGAUUCGUUAAAAACAUGGCCGCCAGAGGGCGUGGUCACUUUUCAUUAACAAUUUCAUUAAACAACAUUUCCUCCAAAACCACUGAAUGGAUUUUGAUAAAACUUUACACAAACGAUCUCUGGGUACCCCUCUUUCAAAUUUGUUCAAAUGCUUCCGGUUCAUUGAACAUAUGGGUCUGUUUGGUUAAAAUAGGUUUUCAGCUAUCACACUUUAAAAAUCUUUUUCUCUUGAGCUUUGAAAUUUGGCAUGUGAUAUAAGGGUUUAACUCUCUACCAAAAUUGACCAAAUUAUUGCCCUAAGGUCAAAAAUGGCCAUCAUACAUCCCAUGCAGAA